UAACGUGUGCAAAAUGAUGUAAAUGACGCCCAACUCAUCACAAUUUGGAACGUGUGAACAAAAAUGUAAAUGACGACACAUUUUGCUGUUGCCGAUGGUUUCGGCUGGAGAAGACCGCUUCAAUCCAGCAGGAAUUAGAUGCUUUGUUAGGGUACUUAAAAUAGGACGAGAGCUGAUCUUUCUCAUCAUACGGAACAUACAAACAGCAAUGAUGAAGAUAGCUUUAAGCAUUUUAUGCGUCCUGGCGUUUGCUCAAGUUAAAGGAAGCGAUGGAUGUUCCAACGUGACCAUCAUAUCAAGGGCGGGGUGGCGUGCACGUGCCCCGAAGUCUCGUUUGGCGAUAUCCGUGCCUGUGGGAAAUUUUGUAAUCCAUCACACAGCUGGUGGGUCAUGCACAACUCAAGCGGAAUGCAUCGGACUUGUGCGGGGUAUCCAAAAUGAUCACAUGGACAACAGACGAUAUGAUGAUAUAGGAUACAGUUUUCUCGUUGGCGACGAUGGCAACGUCUACGAGGGGCGGGGCUGGGAGAACGUUGGAGCUCAUACCCAAGCACAUAACAAUAACAAGAAAUCGUUCGGUGCUGCUAUGAUCGGAAACUUUAACGCUAAAUUGCCGAACACAAAAGCUCUCACCGCGGUGAAGAAUCUGAUCGCAUGUGGAGUCCAGCUUGGCAAAAUCAACACUGAUUACCGUCUGCUUGGCCACCGAGACGUUAGUGGCACCGAGUGCCCCGGGGACCGAUUGUACAUCCUCAUAAAGACCUGGCCUAACUUCCGCUAUUCUCCAUCGGGUUAACUCGAUGUCCAGAAAAAAUGCUUCAUCUCUCCACAAUGUAUAUGUUUGACUGAUGUAAUCUGAAAUCUGUAUAUUGCACGGUGUUUAAGCGGUUCAGUACCCUCUCCGUUAUGUAUAACCCCAACAAUUCAUCCUCUUCGUAAUUGUACAGUAAAUUUCAAUAAUCAAUCAACAUAGAGUACUAUCAUCAGGUCAACUUAACGUUAUUAUUUAUAUUUUAACUGCUAAAUAUUCGAACUUUAGUGGUUCCCGGAACAUGUUUGACAUUGAUUUGUUUAUAUAUCAUGUAGGUUGCUUGGAAUAACUGUUGGAAAUAUUAACAAGUAAAACCAGUGGAGAACUCAUAAUUUAAUUUUUGUUUAUUUCCGUCAUGUUCUGUAUAAUAAUAUAACUAUUGCAAUUAAAAAGGGCUAUACUAUUCUGUCAUUAAGUUUAUAAAUGCUUAAUCUAUUAAAUCUGAUGUUUAUAAUAAAAAAAUCAAAUAAUAAAUGCUUAUUUAUAAUAAAAUCGAAUAACAAUAAUGUCUUAUGUUUGGUAAACAUCAUACUCGCAAAAUGCUACGAAUGUUUAUGGAGACAUCAAAGCUAAGAACCAUGUGUGUAAGUCAUUUAUAACUUAAUGUAUAAUUUUGUAAUGUCAUCGUCUAACCGGACUGGCGUGUGUAUGCAUUCUUGCGGCGACCAAGGGGGAUCGCAAAGGAUAUCAUGGGGCCGGUGACGGCGCCUAAAAAGGGCAUUGGAAACCAUGACUGUGACUUCUUAAGUAAUAUUGAUAGUAAUCGCCGAAUGCAGUGUUCUUAAGACGUUAAUCCUAGAGCGCCGUAUUAUCGCUCUGAUGACGCAAUGAACGCAGCACCAAUGGUAUUUGGAUUUUUUUUUAAAGAACACAUUGGCGACCGCUGUGACGAAGGUAUCGUGUUUGAAACACAGUUUUCUUUAGGAUUUUUACUUAUUUUGUAUACAUUGAGUGUUAACUCUUUAUGGAUAUGUUUUUAAUUAUAGAGAUGCUAUCGUUGUAACCCGUUAGCCCCCAAUAAUGGAACAUUUAUAUUGCUUCUUUAUAUGGUUUAUUUUAAAAACUUUGGAUUGAAAAUCCUUUAAAGAAGUUAUUUAAUUGCAUAUCAAGCACGUACUAAGAACAAAGGUUACAACAAUAACUUUUCAUCCAGAUCAAAAUGAUAGAACGUAAUUAAAAUGGAAAUGUCUGAUCGUGUGUAUGCAGAAACAUCGAUAUUGAAAACAUUUACAUUUUUCGGCAUAAUUAUAAUCGCCGCUACGAAUUAAAACAUUUUAUUUGAACGAUACACUUCAGUUUACUACUUUUUUUACUUUGACACAUUUCCAAAAAAUCAUGUCACAUUACUAGCUUUAUAAAUAACAAUCCAGGUGUGUCAUAACCGAGAGAAUACAUGUUCCAUAUAUUUUAAAUAUGAACUAUGUGAGAGAUGAAAGGUCUCUAAACAAAACAAUUUGAAAGUUUUUAUAAUACAUUAAACUUAUAAAAUACCA